GUAUGAAAUAUACAUUUAAUACAAUAUAAACGUAUAAUAUUGUUUAUUUGUUUUACGAAAAAGAAAAGUUUUGUAAGCCCACCACAGUUCACCUGACUUUGUCCUCACACCAAUUAUUGUAUGCUUCUUGUCCUCAGUAAUCUUCUGUGUUCUCCUUGUCGCCCCUUAGUGUCUGACAGCCAGACAGGAGCAGCAGGAGGUGGACCAGUGGGAAGGCUGGACUCCAAACAUUCCCGCUUUCCAUCAUCACUGCCCACAUACCUCCCCGUCCAGUGCCAGUUGAACGGCACCGACUCCGCCUUCUUCCUGCGGGAAGCCAAUCAAGAAGUGGUGAGAAAUGGCAGCCUGUCAUCACGGACCGAGCCCUUCUUUCUCCACCGGCUGGAACCUGGCAUCGCUGCGCCGCGAAACCUGCCAAGUGUUAACUGCAGCUACGGGAACCUAAGCACUGAGCAGCCAAUCCCGGUGGAGCUGCUUCAGAGUCCACUGCCGCACGUGCUGCAGACGACCAAUCUGGUGACUUUGAACUGGAAAAUCAAAGGUCAAGUUGUGGUUCCCAAAGUUGGACCAGCAAGACCCUGGAUACAGGUACUAUUUUAUUUAGUGGGGCGACGUUGGGAUGAGCCUGACCCACUUCCUGCCGCCCUUCUACCAUGUGUCCGAGUCAUGGCUAUCCGGGACCCCAGUGAAACUGCGCCCUCAGCUGGCUGCCGACUGUCGGGCCCAUCUGGAAUUUGCGUUGUCCGCCUGGAGAUUCCUCCAGCGUGGUUUAUGCCGCCACACAUACGAAAAAGACCUCCCGAAGGCUCUCUGCCGUCAGUGGAUGUGUAUUACUCAGUUAUACCAGUAGCAGGCGCUGGUCAAGAAUGUCCCCAUAUUGUGAACGAACCAUGGAAGGGUAAAAGUGUAAAUAUUGGGCCUCUUGGAGGGUUGGGUAUGGGCCCGAGGGGUAAGUGGAGCAGCCAAGUCGAUGAUGAUCUCCAGGACUUUCUGAAGUUGGGUUCUGUGGUAAUGACAACGGGAAAAGUUUCUGCCAAAGGAGAACGACUCAGGCUAGAUGAAAAUGUGGAAGUUCUGAUUCCACCCAGUCCAGUUCGGCUUGGCAAGACGGUGUAUUUUGGUGUCUUCAUGAGGACGGAUUCAAAUACAGAGCAGUUCACACUGAGGGUGUGGUUCCAGUCAGGCAUCAACUUCCUGUCUGUGAAACCCAGCAACCUCGUUGCGUGGGAGAUCAAACAGGAAAUGGCACCGCGAAGCAGUUCGUUGGCGGUGAUGUGUCAGAGGAAGGCCUCCUCCACAGCAGAAAGGGUAGAGAGUCCUUCAUACGAAGUGAUGCAGUUGGAGUUCGAGGUAGACAACCUGAUUAACCUGGUACAGAUUCAGACGCUGCACUGGAACGUGGAGUACGCGGGAGAGACACAGGAGAACGGCAGGCGGACGGAGAAAGUGUCUCACCUCUACAUCAGCAACGCUGACAUACAGGGCAUCGUGCCGCUGGCCGAGGACACAGAUGUGGUGAACACAGCCAUCCUGACAGGGCGGGGUAUAGUAAUGCCUGUCAAACUGGUGACCGUAGAAAUGGACGGACAAGUGAAGGAAGUGGACAACUCGGUGACCUGCACGUCCACUCAAGUGGAGAUUCUCAAGGUGUCUCCGACCUGCGACCAGGUUCUGGUGAGCGGUAAGGAGAUGCGCGGAAUGCACUCCUUGGCGGUGAACUUCACCUACCUCCACCUGUCCGCUCAGCUGCAGCUCAACAUCUGGGUUCCCAAAUUUCCUCUGCAGAUCGUCGUGUCCGACACCGAGCUGAGCCAGGUCAAAGGUUGGCGGGUACCGAUCGUCAACAACAGAAGACCGACCAGGGACAGUGAAGACGAUGAGGACGAAGAUAGGAAGGGCAAAGGCUGUACGCUGCAGUACCAGUACGCGUUGGUGCGGGUUCUGACUCAUUUUGUUGCAGAAAUCUCAGAGCUAGAAGAAGAUAUUGUCUACAUGCUCCAUUCUGACUGGCAGGCUGAUAUCACCCACCUGGUUUUGGACCAGUUGAAGAUAGAAGAUACCAGAAUCGCCCAACUGAUAGACGGACGGAUUCUGGUUGGACGGAACUUGGGAAUCACCAACCUACAGGUUCUGUCCCCACUGUCGGACUCUAUCCUUGCAGAGAAGACUAUAAAUGUGUUGGACGACAAGGUGACAAUCACGGAUAUGGGCAUCCAGCUGGUUUCAUCUCUGUCCAUCAGCCUGGUGUCCAGUCCAGGGUUAGCUCAGGCUAUCCAGCUAACGACGACAGCUGCCGACCUGCUGCACACACUGAAACAGGAAGCUGCGGUCAGUGCCUGGAUCCAGUACAGUGACGGUUCAGUGACUCCACUGGACAUCUAUGACCCCAAGGACUUCUUCCUGUCUGCCAUCUCACUGGACGAGAGCGUCAUCUCUGUAAUCAAUCAGGAACGGCACUGGCCGACCAUCGUAGCCGAGGGUGACGGACAAGGACCCCUGGUCCGAGUAGAGAUGGUGAUCUCAGAGAUCUGUCAGAAGUCCAACAGGAAGAGCAUCCUGGCGUCUGGGAUCGGCAAUGUGUUGGUGAAAUUUGCAGCAAAAACUGAGGAGAAAGUGGAGUCAGGGAGGGGGGGACAAGAGGAGGGGAUAGACAACACCACUAACAGCCAGCUGACACAGGAAGAAAAAGAGUGGAAGGCCAACAGUGCAGCGGUGGAUCGAGAGGAAGGAGCCAUGAGGAAGGUCAGCCCGACGACCAAGGGCACAGUCAUCACCCGUGCCUCAGGCGGCAAAGCAUCGGGUGGAGGCAGUGGCCGGGGCAGCGGUCCAAGGAAAGCGGGUGACCACAGGGGUGUCCCGACUCAGGUGGAAAUCCCAGUGACUGGGGGCAGUGAGCUGACUCACACCAGCCGAGGCCUGUCAGACCUGGAGAUUGGGAUGUACGCUCUGCUGGGAGUCUUCUGUUUGGCCAUUCUGGUCUUUCUCAUCAAUUGCGUCAGUUUUGCUUUCAGAUUUCGUCAUAAACAAGUCCCUGUUCUGGAGUCAGGUGACAACAUGAACCACGCCCACGACUGGGUGUGGCUCAGCCAUGAGGCUGAUCUUCUGAGCGACCACAGUGACCACUGCCAGCCCAGUCUGCCGGACGAGUGCACCACCAUCAUCGACAAGAGCGAGGGCGGGUAUGAGGAGAACAAGUACUUGCUUAACGGGGCCAGCAGCACCUUGGUGAUGGGCAUGGGCAUGGGCACGUGCAUAGGCACAAUUAGCAGAGGUGGUGGCACGGUUGGACGCUGCGGCAUCGCUCAAGGACAAACCUUACCCCGAUCUGUCCCAGAAUCACAUCAGUGCCUUUCAGCAAUCACCACCAGUGGCAAAGAAGCCACGAAUCACCCUAAGCAUUUAGGUAGUUCCCCCCACGCAUCGUUGGCUGCCAAACGCAAACAUGUCCAGUUCACCAUCCCGCCCAACGAUAGUUCAGGUGCGAGCGGUGCGUACAGCAACACCACCAAUGGGAACGAGGAUGACAUCAAGUGGGUGUGUCAGGAUAUGGACCUGGGUCAGUCUGAAAUCAAAACCUACAUGGAGAGGGUACAAGACAAUCUGUGACUGAGCGAAAGAUAAACUGGGAGACGGCAGAGGGUGAGGGUGAGGGAAGGGGGGAGGACAGUAGUUACAAUUCACCUGCUUUGCCUUUGAAAUGGAUGAAGGGAGGAAAACAGAAGGACAAAGGACACAGGUGACAUAAAAGAGAUGUUACUGAACUGAUGGUGUAAAGCAACAGGUUUUCCUUAUUUUAUUUUUUUUUGUACAUUAUCUCACCAACAUUUAUUUCUUUAAAUUAUUUAAAAAAUAUAUAAAGUCCAACAUAGAAAAUCAAGAUGAAACAGAAUUCGACCUCGGUGGACAGCUCCUGGGGCUGAAUUGGAACCUAAAGCCAACGGCUUACUGAACUGUCAGGUUGCUCCAGAAAAACGGUUGUAGGUAAAAUCAUCCACCAAAUUAAGUAUCAGGCUUAGCACUGAAGUACCAUUUCGCAGCAGUCACUGUUUAAAUUGGUACCUGGUCUGUACUUGUAUUAUAUAUAUUCUACUUUUAACUACCCUGAUUUACACCGCAGGUUUUUGCCAUCUCACCCAGUGGAAUCAAACCCACAACCUUAUGUGUGUGAGCAUCUGCACUACCUACUGUGGAAUGUGAGUGUGUAAGUUGAUUCCAUCCCAGUGUCUCUGUUACAUCAAUUCAUAAAUGAGGUUGACUCUCUCGCUGCGCCACUGUACGUCAUGUCGGAUGGAUAUGCUAUCCGACCUAGCCUACACCUGGUGUUAGUGGAUAAUCUAUUUAUCUAGUUAAUAAACGGGGAGAAUAAAUAAACACUAUAACUUGAUCACAUGUUAUUUAUUGUAUCAGUAUGUAUCAGCCAUCAGUAUUUAAUCAACUAUUAAACUGGUGCUGGUUUUUAUUUACAGAUUAUUUUUUUUCUAACUUAUGUUUAAAAAGUUCUGUUAGGC